AGUCGUAUGUUUCACUGUGUCAUGCUAUUUCAUGUACUUGGCUGUACAGCUCUCGAACUACUGUAGCAACCAUCCAAUGAGCGUGACGCUUGGCGCAUAGGGUGUAUGCAUGAAGAAUCCGUGCCAGUCAUACCCAGAGUCGGAUUGAAGAGGUUCGGAAGAACAAGCUGACAUCCUGAGGUGUGAUGGAGGAGGAAAACAACAAAUAAAAGAUGGGACGACGAUAAAAAUAGAGACGAAGUAUACAGGCACACCGCCCAGUAUUGCCGUAACUAUCCCACCGCCCCAGAAUGGUCUCCAAACAUCCCCGUCAUCAUCGGAAUUAUUGCCCGGCAAGAAGGCAUUUAAUCGGCCGAGUCAACAUCCCAACAAGAUGCCCCCCAAAGCAGUCAAGGGCGAAUACAUCGAAACGGACACGGGGAACAAAAUCUCCCGCCGGUCCAUGAUCCACGGAACACAGCACAUCAUCCUAGGCGGCAAGACCGUUAUUCAGGCCGAAGCCGUCAUCCGCGGUGACCUCUACCGCGCGUCCUCGUCGUCAUCGUCGUCAUCAUCAGCCGCCCCCGACGGCCAAGCAUCCUCAUCCUCAUCAUCCGCGCAUUCGCCCUCCGUCGCGAUCUCCGUCGGCCGGUACAGCUAUAUUUCGAAGCAGGCGAUCCUGCGCCCGCCGUCGAGGUUGCACCGCGGGGUCCUUUCGUUCUUCCCGCUAAAGAUCGGCGACCAUGUGUUUGUUGGGGAGAGGGCCGUCGUGGAGGCUGCUACUGUCGGGAACCAUGUGCAUAUCGGGCGGGAUGCGGUCAUUGGCAGCAUGGCUAUCUUGAAGGACUUUGCUUAUGUGUUGGACGGGGCGAUCGUGGCGCCUGGGAUGGUCGUGCCUAGUUGGUGUGUGGUUGGGGGUGCGCCGGCGAGGAUUGUCGGGGAGGUGGGUGAGGGGUAUGGGGUUGAGGGGGCGGAGGGGGGCAUGGCGAGGGAGAGGUAUCGCUUGGUGGGGAGGGGGUGA